AUGGUCAACGUCGACACUCUGUCCCUCGAGAAGCUUUCCCUGAGCUCGUCAGCCACUGGCCACCGACGACAGCCUGCUGGCAGGCAAGGCCUGAUAGUGGCGCCGGGCCUGAUAGACGUGCAGCUGAACGGGGCGUUCGGAUACGACUUUAGCUUUAACCGGGAAGACAUCGACCAGUGCAUGGAUGUGGUGAGCCGCGGUGUGCUUUUGCAGGGGUGCACGGCGUUCUGUCCGACCACGGUCAGCUCGAUGCCGGAGACGUACCAUGCAGUGAUUCCGCAUUUGGGGCCACGUCGCGGCUCGCUUGUCAAUGGCGCCGAGUCGCUGGGCGCGCACAUCGAGGGCCCGUUCAUGAACCCGAAGAAGAAGGGCGCACAUGAGCUGGCGUUGCUAUGGUUUGGAGAACCUGCGCAGACAUGUGGCAUACUAUCACAGGUGGCACCCGAAAUGCCCGGGGUGCUGGAGACGAUUCCGGAGCUGAUCCGCGAGUGCAAUGUCGGGAUCAGCAUGGGCCACACGACGGCCUCGGGCGAGACGGCGCGGCGGGCGCGCCAGAGCGGGGCGCACAUGAUCACGCACCUGUUCAAUGCCAUGACGGAUUUCCACCACCGCGACCCGGGCGUCAUCGGCCUUCUGGGGGCUGCCGACAAGCAGGCGCUGGACGCCGACGGCGUGGCUGGGGCAUCGGCGCCCAACACAUUCUACGGGCUGAUCUGCGACGGCAUCCACGUGCACCCGAACACAGUCAAGAUUGCCUACCGGGCACAUCCGGCGGGAGCCAUUUUGGUGACCGACGCCAUGGGCGCCAUGGGGCUGCCGGACGGGCAGUACAAGCUGGGCAACAUGUCAGUAGAUGUCAAGCCCAUGGAGGACGUCAAGGACGGCCCGCGUGCGGCGGUGAUCCAGGGCACCAGCACCUUGGCCGGCAGCAUUGUGACGCUGAUUGAGUGUGUGCGCAACUUCCACAAGUUCACGCAGUGCUCGGUGGUCGAGGCCAUCGAGGCUGCGACGCUGCAUCCGGCGCUGAUGCUGGGCAUAGCAGACCGCAAGGGGUCGCUGGCGUUUGGCUGCGAUGCCGACAUUGUGCUGCUGACUGACGACCUGCAUGUGGACAGCGUGUUUGUGCGCGGCGAGCUAGCCACCCCAGCCACUGUGGAUUUCAAGGGUCCGUCGGGGCCCAAGUAGGCUCCCUUUUCUUCCUUUACAUCUUUUUAUAGUUUUACCACCGGUACAAAUUUAUGCUCCAUACUCUU